UGUAGCCACCAGCGAAAGAUGCUUACUGACUAGCUACGGUUUCCCUGCCAUUUUCGCGCAGAGGACCGCGGGCGACAGCACGGGGAAUGGGGGUGCAUCUGUAACAGUACAUUUUAUUCGGAUUUAUUAUCUAUCACGACCGCAUUUCCGCCCGGACUCGGAGCUCUUAACGCACUGUCAGCUUAAGUUGUUAUACAACUGUACCUUGGCUCUGCUGUUUUGUCCUGAUUCCUCCAGAGACUGUCAUAGGAAUGAGUAUAGAAAUCCCAGAAGGACUGACGGAGCUAUUGCAGAGCUUUACCGUGGAAGUGUUGAGGAAUCAGCCCCGCGAUCUGCUGGAGUUUGCCCUGCACUACUUCACCCAGCUGAGGGAACAAGAGAGCAAAGAGGCCGCUUUGGGCAAUGACCAAAAUUCGGCCAAUAGACCCGGCAAGGCAGUUAACUUUGCCGAGGAAGCCAUGCAGAUCGACUCGGAAAAUGGGGAGGAUGACGAGGAUGACGACGAGGAAUUCGUAGCUCCAGUGAUUAACAGGUUUAUACGAAGGCCUUCAGUGUGUGCUGAAGCCUUUAACCCGGAUGAUGAGGAGGAAGAUAAGGAGCCUAGGAUAACUCACCCGAAAUCGGACCAGCAGAGACGCAGGCUGCAGGAGGCCUGCAGGGAUAUUCUUCUGUUCAAGAACCUGGACCCGGAGCAGAUGUCCCAGGUGCUGGACGCCAUGUUUGAGAAGCUGGUGGAGCCCGGCGAGCACAUCAUCGACCAGGACGACGACGGCGACAACUUUUACGUCAUCGAAAGAGGGACGUUUGACAUCCUCCUGAAGGUGGACGGCGCAGAGCGCUCCGUGGGCUGCUAUGACAACCGGGGGAGUUUCGGGGAGCUGGCGCUGAUGUACAACACCCCGAGAGCGGCCACCAUCGUGGCGUCGUCGCCGGGGGCGCUCUGGUGCCUGGACCGGCUCACGUUCAGGCGGUUAAUCGUGAAGAACAACGCCAAGAAGAGGAAGCUGUACGAGGCUUUCAUCGAGACUCUCCCCCUGCUCACGUCGCUCGAGCCCUCAGAGAGAAUGAAGGUGGUGGACGUCCUAUCCUCCAAAGCUUACCGCGACGGCGAGCAGAUCAUUGCUCAGGGAGAUUUGGCCGACUGUUUCUACAUCGUGGAGUCUGGACAAGUGAGAAUCACGAUGAAAAGGAGCAAGAAGGACCAGGAGAACGGCGGGGUGGAGAUCGCUCUGUGCACCAGGGGGCAGUAUUUCGGGGAGCUGGCUCUGGUCACCAACAAGCCAAGGGCUGCUUCAGCGUUCGCUGUGGGAGACGUCAAAUGUUUAGUCAUGGACAUUAAGGCCUUCGAGAGGCUCCUGGGCCCCUGCAUGGACAUCAUGAAGAGGAACAUCGCUGACUACGAGCAGCAGCUGGUGGCGCUGUUCGGGAGCAACGCCGACGUGGAGGACGAGGACGCGUGAGGAACGCCGGCGAUAAGACUGGGGGGGAGGAGUCUGAGGGGGUACAGGGAGGCGCUCCACCUCCUCUACCAGCCCAGCAUCUCCACACCUCCUCUACCAGCCCAGCCUCUCUACACCUCCUCCACCAGCCCAGCCUCUCUACACCUCCUCCACCAGCCCAGCCU